AUGGCGUCAAUAUCCCCUCCGCCUGGGCGAGGCGACUCUCGAUCUCUCUCACCCGCUGGCUUCGGCAACAGUUUCCACGACCAAGAAGAAGGAGAACGAACGCCAUUGUUGCAAGCACAAGAUGGGAUCUCACCUUCGCCUUCACCUUUUCUCGAGCAGUUACCCGAGUCAUCGGGACCCACACCGUCUUGGACGGAGAAGGUGCUGGGCAAUGCCACGGACUUUUGGUUACAGGGUAAGGGCAUGAUAUUGGUGAUGAUGUCGCAGUUCUUCGGAGCGUCGAUGAAUGUCAUGACGCAGGUGUUGGAGCUGAAGGGGAGGGAUGGGAAGGGGUUCAAGCCUUUUCAGAUUCUGUUCGCGCGCAUGUCAAUAACGGUUGUAGCAAGUUACCUAUAUAUGUGGUGGGCAAAGGUGCCGCAGCCAUUCGGGAACCGCUCCGUCCUGCCUCUGCUGCUGUUUCGCGCCGCUGGUGGGUUUUGGGGCGUCUACGGGCUCUACUACUCGGUCCAGUAUCUUCCCCUGUCCGAGGCGACGGUUUUGACUUUCCUCGCCCCCAUACUAAGCUGCUAUGCCUGUUCGAUCUUUCUUCCGGGUGAGGUCUUCACGCGAAAGCAGCAAGCAGCCGGAUUUGUCGCGUUGAUUGGUGUUCUUCUGAUUGCGCGACCCUUUGCUUUCUUGCAAUCUGGAGAAAACGAUGUCGGCUCGAUCGAGGUUCAGAGGGAUAUGCCCGGCGACGCAGACCAGGGUCACCGCGUGCUGGCGGUGAUCAUGGCCAUGAUCGGGGUCCUCGGUGCAACCUCUGCAUACACAUCAAUCCGACUGAUCGGGCAGCGCUGCCACCCGCUCGUCUCAGUGACGUACUUCUCCUUGUUCACAACAAUAGUCUCGGCCAUUGCAAUCAUCGCUAUGCCUUCCAUCCCACUGGAGCUGCCCGGAACGUUCGUUGAAUGGAUCUUGCUCGUCGCCCUCGGCAUCUGCGGAUUCCUUCUGCAGUUCCUGCUGACAGCGGGACUAUCUUAUGUUCCUCCGCCACCGCGCAUCCGGAAACGCUCCGCGAGCCAUGCAAUGUCCAGGCCGCACAGUCAGCAUAUCAGCAACGGCGAGGAGGUGUCCAAACCGGAACCAGAUACAACGAACAAGCGCUCUUCGUCCGGGACAAGAGCCACGACCAUGCUCUACACGCAGAUGCUGUUUGCGCUGUUCUAUGACAGUGCCGUCUGGGGGAGUACACUGUCGACGGUUAGCUGGAUCGGCUCCGGGCUGAUCCUCUGCAGUGCCCUGUAUGUGGCAUUGGCGCGCGAACCCCCUCAGUCGGCACCAGCGCAUGCAGAUUCUGGUGGGGAGAGCUCGGGGAGCGGGACACGCUAA